AUGACGAGGUUAUGCUUAUUACUGGUAAUUGGAUGUGCCAUCUCAGCGUAUGCAGACAUCCAUAGUUGUGGUGGUUUCGUCCGUUCUUCCAUUGGUCUAGAUUAUUCAAAGGUUCAGGUCAAACUUCUAACUCCUGAAGGUCAUCUUAAACAUGAAGAAGACUUGAAUCCACAAAAUGGUUAUUAUAUGAUUCCAAUUUAUAAUAAAGGAAAGUACUCUCUGAAAGUUUCCGCUCCCGAAGGAUGGUACUUUGAACCUGAAAAAAUCGACAUCGACCUUGACGGUUCAACCGAUCCUUGCUCGAGAAACGAGGAUAUCAACUUUUCACUAACAGCUUUCUCUAUUAAUGGUGUGGUUGAAGCAGGGUCAACUGGUGGACCAGCGGGACUUCAGUUAAGCCUUAAUCAAGGUGGAAAAACCAUAGCUACCACUGUUACUGAUUCUAACGGCAAAUAUUUCUUCAAAGCUGCUCCAGGAUCUUAUGAAGUUGCCGCUGCUCCUUCAAGCUCAGCUUGUAUUUCUCAUGGAUCAUCCCAAGUCCAAGUUUCAAAGUCUCCAGUUACUGUAGUUCCUAACUUGAAAAUUAGUGGAUACCAUCUUUCUGUUUCUGUGAAGAACCAGGGCAAGCCUCUUGCCGGAGUAUCUAUCACAGCACUUUCUAAUAGCGACAAGUUACCUGGUUGCCAGAAAAAUCCUGCUAACAAAGGUUACAAAUACGUGUGCAAUAUUGGAAAAACUUCAUCCGCUGGAACUUUGGAAUUACCUUGUGCUCCAAUCGGAUCUUACGAGCUGCUACCUGUUUUCAAAACCGAUAUAACUUCAUUCUCGUUCACUCCAAACUCAGCCGGCGUUGAAGUAGUCAACGACAAGAAGAACGUAGUUUUUGAAGUGUCUGGUUUCUCCGGCAAAGGACGUAUCAAUAUUCUAUCGAAGAAGUUUGAUGGAGCUGAUAUUGUUUUGAAUGGAAGAACUGCUGCUCGGGCUGACAAGGAUGGACGUUAUGAGCUUACUGAUCUCAAAGAAGGAAACAUCGAACUUACUGCCAGGGCUGCCAAGACUGAAUUCAAUACAGUGAAAGCCAAUUUACGCCUUCCAGAAAUCAAAAUCCCCGACAUUGUUCCAGUGAGUUACGAGGUCUGUGGAAGUGUCGAGAAGCUUGACGUUGUUGAGAAUUUGGCUUUGAUUAAUAAAGAGACUGGAGAUUCAAUUGUCAUUCGACCAUCUCAAGAUGGAACAUUCUGUAAAUACGUCGCACCUGCUAAAUAUUCAAUUUCCCCAGCCGACAGUUCAUCUUCUCUCACUCCACGUGCUUUGGAUAUUGAUGUCACUUCUGGUCCUAUUGAAGGACUUCGAUUCACUCAUUACAAAACUGACGCAGAAGCUCGCGUAACUUGCAUUGGAAACUGCGGACUCAUAUCUAUGAGCCUUCUCUCCGGUGACACCGUUAUCCAAACUGCAAACGGUGAUGAUGUGACUUUCAGUGAUAUUGGACCAGGAGAUUAUAUCGUUCGUCUUGUUGAUGACGGUUUGGGAUGCUGGGCAAAGAAAGAGUUGCCACUUCAUGUAGAACGUGCAAAGCCCCAACCUAUUCAUUUCGUUCAAGAAGGUUUCGUUACUUCCAUCCAGUUGUCCCAUUCCGCUAAAUUGAAAUGGUCUCAUGUCGAAACUAAAAAAAUCAAAGGUGAAGUAGAUGCUGUUUCCGGAGUAAACAAAGUUUGUGUUCCCUUGCAAGGAAAAUAUCAAAUAGCGUUGGAGUCAUGCAUGGAGUUCUCUCCUAGUACCUUCGAAGUCACUGUUCCAUCUUCUGCUGUAACUGAAUCAUCUGCGACUACCGCAAAGGUCUCUGGAAUCAUUGUCAGUGAAGGCCACGCUAACUUCCAAGUCAAAGUCAAAUCCGCUCAUGGAGAACGUGUUGUUUCAACCACUAAUGGAAUUUUCUCCUUCAAUGAACCUCUGAGCACUGAAGGAGAUAUCAUUCUGGUGCCAACUUCCGAAAACCAUCUUUUCGAUCCUGCUAGUUUUGUAUUCAAGUUCAAUGGAAAAUGUUCUGAGAGAGUUGUUGAGUUUGUUGCCGCAAAGGGUAUUUUCAUUGAUGGCCAAAUUACUCCACCUGUCCCAGGAGUUGAAAUUUCCGCUGUUCAUAGAUUGGAUUCAAAUGUUGUUUUCAACACAGUUUCUGAUAAGUCUGGUCGAUACAGAGUUGGUCCUGUCAAAAGAGCUGAAGAUCUUGCUAUCUCUGCAUCAUUGGACGGAUACUCGUUCAACGCUGUUGAAGGAAAAGUUGGCGUUUUGAGAAGUGUCAAACUGAGUCAAAUAUCUGUUGUCAUCAUGGAUUCAGCUACUUCUGAAGGUUUGGAUGGAGUUUUGCUCUCAGUUGUCGGUGGUAAAGAAUAUCGUAGUAACAAUAUGGUAAAACCAUCCGGAAAAAUAAACUUCGUUGGAUUGGCUCCUGGAGAUUACUUCUUACGACCAAUUCUUCAAGAAUAUAAGUUUGAACCUUCAACGACAACUGUAACUGUUAAAGAGGGAGAACAUCAACAGGUUCAGCUUAAAGGAAAGCGUGUUGCUUACAGUGUUUUGGGAAAAGUUCGUGAAAUGUCUGGUCAAGCACUUGCUGAUGUUGUCCUCGAGGCCUUAUCUGAGAAAUGUGAUCAACACCAAUCUGAGGCAACCACUGGAUCCGAUGGAUCUUUCCGUAUCAGGGGAUUGAAACCUGGAUGCGAAUACAGCGUUGGAAUUAAACCCGGUUCCAAUGGACCACACUGCUUCCCUUCACAAUUCGAUAUUCAAAUGACAUCUGAUGAUGUGAAAGGCUUGGAAAUGGUUGCUUCACCUAGAAAUGAACAAACCGAAUUAGCUGUUGAGGUGGAGUUCAAUAGUAUGCUCACGCUGAACUCUUACAAGGUUGAAGUAUCUCAAGGAGGACACGUUGUUGCUAAUAGUAUUCUCACUGCACCUACUUCGGUUUAUUACUUAACUGGGCUUCCACGAGAUGGAUCUGAAUAUUCCGUUAGAAUUGAAGCUGAUAGACCAGCUCAGGCCUUCCACGCUAAGACAGUAUUUGUGAAUGCUGAUGCUCCAGUCAGAGUUGUUCGCAUCCCUGUUAGCUCAUCGAGAAAAGCAAGCGAAGUUGAAAUUGGACUCAGUUCAGUUCUGGCUUUACCUUUCUUUGCUUUGGUCAUUUUAGUCGUCUUCAACCAAAACAAAGCGUUAGAGCUGUCAAAGACUUUGUACGAGAAGUUGUCUCAGUCCAACAGCCCUACACGUGAGCGCAGAAGAAGAAAGUAG